AUGAAAUAAGAAAGUAUUCAAUCUCCUUAAUUGUGUGAUAAUUUUCCACCAAGACCACCAAAUCCUAGGAGAUCAGCAAUCUUUAAAUAGUAGAAUGCUAUCAGUCUAACUAAAUUAGAUACAAGACUCUAAGAAAAGAAUGACAUGCUUGUUGCAUAAAUUUAAAAGAUUGUUAAACAUAUGCCUUCUGAUGAUAAAUAACUAAAAGCAGAAAGACAUAUAUAUGAUGCAUAUUACUUGAGAACUAUUCGAAAUGAUAUUGAUUUAGCAGAUAAAGUAAUAUUAAAAUACCUUUGGAUUAUUGAGAAUAGCAGAAUUUGGAGUGGAUAUCUUUUAACAUUAACAAUCUUUUAUCAGAUUCUCACUUUCUUUGAAAAACCUUAUCCUGAAUCUGAUUUUUAUGAGGCACCUGAUAUAAGUAAUAUAGAAUUGUUCAUAUUAAUAUUCCUUGGGAUAGACUUCAUAAUAACUUUGGUUUUGUUGGCUACUAAAAAAAAUGAUGGAGGAUUUCAAUUUAACACAAAAAGAAUGAUGAAAAUGUUGUUCUUCUUAGUGUGUAUAACAGAUUUUAUAAAUUCAAGGAUUGAUUAAACUCAAAUCAGAUUCAGUAGAUUAAUUAGACCAGCAUUGAUGAUAUUUUUUUCAAAGGAUCUUAGAAGAAAUCUUAAGGGUAUAGCUAAAGCCAGCAAAGAUUUAUUAUUGUUAUUUUUACUUUAUGUAAUUAUCAUUUCAACCUUUUCUUUUAUUGGAAUAAAUUUAAUUGGAUAAUUGGAAACUGUGGAUUUAGAAACACAAGAUUAUGGGGAUUUCUUCAAAUUAUUUAAUAUGUUAUUUAUGGCUGCUACAUUAGAUUUCUACCCUGAUAUUAUGAUUCCUCCUAUAUUUUAAGGUACAUUUUAUGCUCUCUAUUUUGUUAUUUACAUAAUUCUCUUUUUGUUUCUAUUUUAACCUAUUCCCUUAGCAGUUGUUUAUGAAGGUUUUAGAAGACAUAGAAUGUAAAUUGCUAUCCAAGAUAUCAUUAAAUAAAAAUCUGCUAUGAUGGCUAGUUUCAUUUCAUUAGAUUCAAAUGAUGCUGGAUUUUUAACUGAAAAUCAAUUUAAGAAAUUCUUAAAAACCUUUUAUCGAGGUUAAUUGACUGAUGAAGAAGUUAAGAUUAUCUUCUCAGAAAUUGAUAAAGAUUUCAAGUAAUUAAUAAUUAUCAAAUAGUGAUAAGAUUUAAUUUGACGAAUUUAAUCAAUUACUCUAUGUCUUAUAGAAUAGUAAGAAAAUCUCUUUACCUAGAACAAAACCACUUUAAUGUUGGGAAUCGUUUAGAAACUUUCUUAAUAAAUAUGGAUUAAAGAAAUUUAUAGAAUCUAAUGUAAUAAUUAUAUACUAUCUAAGACAUUUGGUUUUUUCAUGUUCCUUGUUACUAUAAUUAAUUGCGGUUUGAUUAUAUCUGCAUUCUUUAUAGAGAAUUUAGAUGUACUGGCCAUAUUUGAUACUAUAGACACUGUAUUUUUAGGCAUUUUCAUUUUUGAAUGUUUAAUCAAAAUAAUAGGUUUAGGAAUAUAUGACUUUUUUGUAGAUGGUUGGUAUUUAAGUUGAUUAUAUUCAUAGGAAUGUUUUUGAUAUUACAUUGAUAUUGUUGUAGAUACUAUUUGAUUAUAUAUUAUUUAGUUUUGUGACUGGAAAUAUAGUUUAAUCUAUUAAAGCAAAUAGAAUUUUGAGAAUUGCAAAAAUAUAAAAGGUUUUUAGAUUAUUUAGAGCCUUUAGAUCAAUAAAAUUAGUAGGAUAUUUGUUGAGAGGAUUAGAGAUAUUUGCUCAUGUGAAAAAUCUAUUAUAUAAGAUCAUAAUUUGUGUACCUUUAAUAUUAAGAUUGAUAUUACCAGUAUAGAUUGUCUUUUUUACAUAUGCUUGUAUAGGUAUUUACAUAUAUGGAGGAAUUACUACUGAUGAUCAAAAUCCUUUCUCAAAUAAUUCAUGUGAUCCAAAUGAAUUUAAAUAUUUAUGGGGUUAAUGUAAAUAUGCAGAUUUUAAUUCUAUGGGUGGAUCAUAUUUAAUGAUGUUAUAAGUAUUUACAGCAUCAGCAUGGGGACAAUUAGUUUUUGAACUCUCCUUUGACACUAAAAAUCUAGUAACUCCAAUGUUAUUUAUUGGUUCAUUUGUUUUUCUUUCUAUUUUCUUAUUAGCAUUAAUUGGAGGAUUAGUUUGGGAAGUAUUUACAGUUGUUUCUAAGACUCUAUUUGAAUAAGAAAUGGAAUAAUUCAAACCAGAAGAUAGAGUUGCUUUUUAACUUAAUUUUUAAGAUGAAGCACUAUUAGGUAGUAGUAUGGGUACAGAAUAUGAUAUUAGAAAUGGAACUCAAUUAAGCAAUGCUAUUCAAUUAUAAAAGAAAACUGCAAUUCUUAAUGAUGAUAACCCAGAUAUUUUAGAAUUUAGACCAAGAAGUGUAGGUAUUAGGGUGCAAUAAGAUGAAAAGUAAGAAAUUCCUAUUGAAUUGGAUUUUCAAAUAGAAACUCAAAUAUAUAGUAAAGUAUUAAGAGUAGGAAUCAAUCCAAAUUAAGUUACUCGUAAAUUAAAACCUUAAGGAGAUCUAGCAUAAAUUAUUGAAGAUGAAUUACUUGAAAUAUAGAAGUUGUAUUGCGAUUAUUUUAUUGAUUAUUAAGAAUUUCUAGAAAUUAAAUUUAUUAAGGAAUCUCAUAACAUUUAUAAUGUUACUUCAGAAUAUGUAGUUCAUAUUAGAAAUGAAAUUAAGAAAGAUGAAAUGUUUAAAAGAAAACAUGUCAAUAUUUCUAAUCAUGAUUUACUUAUUUAAAAUGCUGUUUUAAGAGAUACUAGUGAAAUGUAUAUAAAAUAAUAGGAAGAAUAAUAUUUUAAGAGUGAAUAUGGUUAAAAAUUUGAAUUAAUUAAAGAAUUAAAAUUUUAAAGUAAAUUUAAAGUUGAAAGUAAAAUAUUAUUCUCUUUAAUGGGUAUAUUGAAAUUUCCAAAACCAAAUAUUAAAUAUUUCUUUUAAAUUCUUUAUUUGAUAGAGAAUUACUUCACUUAUUAAUUAUUACCAGAUUGCUCAUUUUUUAAAUUAUUACAUUAAAUGGAUGGAAAAUGGUACUUAAUUAGUAUUGAAGAUAAUUAAAUUGUAUUUACUAAAAUUGGAGCAGGACCUUGGACAUAUGAUAAUUUAUUAUUUGAUCAAGGUUAAAUGAGAAUAUGUGAGAAUUUGAAGUUUAUGAAGGAAAUUAAGAAUCCAGAGGUCAAAACACAUAUAAGAGAAUUUCAUACUAGUAUGAAUAAAAUGGCUAAAUAAUUUGAACUUGAUAUUACUAAAAUAGAUGUUAGAAGUACUAUUGUACUAUAUCAAAUAAAAAAUGAACGUUAUGCUCCUCCUGAUUCUGCUACUCCAAGAAUGAAUGGAUAAAAACCAACAAUUAGUCCUAGAUAUUUAACAAUGAGUGCUAGAAAUGCUAUGAUAAGUCAACGCAAUGUUGAUGUGAACUCUGUUAAUGAGGAUGAUAAUCCAGAAGGUAUUUUUUAGAUUGGUGAAAAUGUUGAUGAGUGUCAUAGACAUGUAAGUUAAACCAUGAUAUUUGUGCUCUCUAAGGUAUAAGCAUAAGAGAGCAGAAUUGUAUAUUAAAAUUAGGUUAUGUUAGCCUAAUUUGUAUUAGAUUUGGCUGGAGUUAUUAAGAACUAUUCUGAUAAUUUCUUUUAAUAAUUAGAGGAAUUAUAUUCUUUGCGUAGUAAACAAAGAGGAAUAAAACAAAAAUGA